AUGGCUGCUUCUGCCCUUUUGAAGAGCCGUGUCCGACGGCCUUCCUACCUUAAAAAGCUAGCGAAGGCAGAGGAUCUCAUUGAUUUAUUUCCUCAUGGCUCAUACAUCGGCUGGUCCGGUUUUACAGGUGUGGGAUAUCCAAAGAUGAUUCCCACCGCACUGGCAGAUCACGUCGAGAAAAAUAACCUUCAAGGUCAACUCAAGUACAACUUAUUCGUCGGAGCCUCCUCUGGAGCCGAAACAGAGAAUCGCUGGGCAAAAUUAAAUAUGAUCGAACGCCGCAGUCCACACCAGGUCGGAAAAGAAAUCGCCAAGGGAAUCAACAAUGGCCAGAUUAAGUUUUUCGAUAAACAUCUGAGCAUGUUUCCCUCGGAUUUGGUCUAUGGCUACUAUACACUUGACAAACCUUCGAAUAAAAUUGAUGUCGCUGUCAUUGAGGCAUCUGCCAUUACUGAGAAUGGUGGAAUUAUCCCCGGUGCCUCAGUCGGUGCUUCGCCCGAGUUGGUCCAAAUGGCGGACAAGGUCAUUAUCGAGGUUAACACCGCCAGUCCCUCAUUCGAGGGUUUGCAUGAUAUUGUCGGCUCUGAUCUUCCUCCCGGUCGCAAGCCAUACCUGAUCAUGGCACCGGAGGACCGUAUCGGAACCACUUACAUCCCCGUUGACCCUGAGAAGGUCGUCGCAAUCGUCGAAUCCAACUACCCAGAUCAAACACAGCCCAACGCCCCUGAGGACGCAGACUCACAAGCCAUCGCCACAAACCUAAUUGAGUUCCUCAAACACGAAGUCAAACACGGCCGUCUCCCCCAGAACCUCCUCCCCAUUCAAUCGGGUAUCGGCAACAUCGCCAACGCCGUCGUCGGCGGUCUCAGCAAGGGCGGCGCAGACUUCACACACCUCAAAGUAUGGACUGAAGUCCUUCAGGACUCCUUCCUCGACCUCUUCGAUAGCGGAAAUCUCGACUUCGCAACAGCUACCUCUAUCCGCUUCUCACCAGAAGGCUUCAAGCGCUUCUACGAUAACUGGGAGCGCUACGCUGGUAAACUUCUCUUGCGCUCACAACAAGUCUCCAACAGCCCCGAAAUCAUCCGUCGUCUCGGCUGCAUCGGCAUGAACACACCCGUCGAAGUUGACAUCUACGCUCACGCAAACUCUACCUGCGUUAUGGGCUCGCGUAUGCUGAACGGUCUUGGUGGUUCUGCUGAUUUCCUCCGUAACUCCAAGUACUCUAUUAUGCAUACCCCGUCUACUCGACCUAGCAAGACUGAUCCAACUGGAUUGAGUUGUAUUGUUCCCUUCGCUACCCAUAUCGAUCAGACAGAGCAUGAUCUCGAUGUUAUUGUUACUGAGCGUGGUUUGGCUGAUGUUCGAGGGUUGUCGCCGAGGGAGCGUGCUAGAGUUAUUAUCAAGCAGUGUGCUCAUCCUGAAUAUGAGCCUAUUCUUACGGAUUAUCUUGAUCGGGCGGAGUUUGAGUGUUUGAGGAAGGGAAUGGGUCAUGAGCCUCAUUUGCUUUUCCAGGCUUUCAAGAUGCAUCAGAACUUCCAGGAGAAGGGUACAAUGAAGAUUGAUUCUUGGGAAUAG